GCGAAUCCUGGUAGAGGGCGGGCCCGCGAAUCAUAAGAACGGAUCCUGAAGAAAGGAUCCUCUUCGUCGGCUUGGCCCAAGUGACGCCGACGCGUCUCGCACUCUCGCUGGCUCCUCGGCGGCGCAGGCACGCCACCAGCCCCUCCUCGCUGCGCCACCCAGACCUGGCAUCACGCCGCCCACCUCGCCCACCUGUGGACCAAAGCCGAGGGUCGCGUCCUCGGAGGCCGACUGCCCUUCUUCCGACAUCGAGCUAGGUCGCCAGCGCGACGCCGUUGCUUGCAGGCCGCCGCCACCGAGGUCUGUCCCGUUCGUCUUCUCGUCCGGAUCUGGUUACUCCCGGCAGCAACCUACAAGUAACACAUCCAUCGUCCUCUCAUUCCUUGUGCUUCCUCUCUUCAAUGAUGUCUUGUUGUUAUUGAUUGGAGAAACGCUGUUUGAAUUAGAAACAAAUAGCUCCAAGAUUCGUAGACAAAGGAGCUUACGAGCUGCUUUUGAAGGUUCCAAGGACACCAACGUUUAGGGAUCUCUCCGGAGAAGAAAUUAGUAGACAGGUUCCUGGGAGAUGCAUGGGAUUGGGCCGUGCAAGCUGUUCUGGUUUCAAAACUGAAGUUUUACAGUGUCACUCACAACUUAUAUACAUGUGUUUAUCUGUGCAUAAAUACAACGAAGCUGAUAUAAUUUUGUUGCUACUGCAGGUGAAUUGUGGUCUAAGCAAAAGGAAAAAGAAGGAUCUUUUUCUAGACUCGAGAAUUUUGGUCUUACGUCUUCGGGAAAAGAAGUGGUAUUAUGGAAAGAGCUUCAUCAGCAACAGCAGCAGAGGAUGAGGAUGCUAUGUCAACAGAUCAGUCAGGCAGGUCAGGGAAAAAGAGAGCUAAAGUUUGGGGUUAUCUUGACACAGAAUUCAUUGAUGGAGUUGAGAAGGCUGUCUGCAAGUAUUGCAAGUUUCAGUUAUCUUCUGUGCCAGGGCAAGGAACAACGCAUUUGAAUAGGCAUAUUGGAUUUUAUUGUCAUUAUAUCUCUCAAGAGGAUAGGGAUAGGUUCUUAGCAUCUUGGAAGAACACGUCUGGAAGAGAGAAUUCUGUAUUUGAUCCUGUGGUGUUCAGAGGUCUCGUUGCAAAGUACUUUGUUCAUAGUGAGUCUGCAUUUCAAAAAGCUGAUAAUCCUAUCUGGAAAGAGAUGAUUUACUAUUGCCAACCUUCAUUUCAUGUGGUCGGCCAACAAACGGUCUGUGCAGAUUGUAUGUUGUUGUAUGCGGAAGAGAAACUGCAGCUACUAGAUCAGAUCACAAAGUUGAAGUCCCAUGUCAGUUUAACAACAUAUUUGUGGACAUCCAAUCAAAAUCUAGGGUACCUUGGAGUUACAACCCAUUACAUCAAUGAAGAGUUUGAGCUCCAGAAGAAAAUCAUUGCAUUCAAGCAAAUCUCAUACCCUCAUAACUCAUUUGCUAUUCAAGAUGGGAUCACUGCUUGCUUAGUGGAGUGGGGCUUGAUUGAUCGUGUGUUCUCAGUGACCCUAGACAAUGCAAGCGUGAACAAUAGAGCAGUCAGAGACUUGUGUGCCGCUCUAGGCCCACAGAUGUUCUUUAAAGGCGAACAUCUACAUGUUAGGUGUGCCGCUCAUGUGCUCAAUCUAAUGGUUCAAGCAGGACUGGAAGUCAUUCCUGAUGAAAUCAAAAAGAUAAGGGACGUCAUCAAGGUUGCCACACCUCUACGCCUUCACGGCUACAAAUAUUCAAUUCAAUUGUUUAGACGUUAGGUCUCAAAGGAAAGUCGGGGCUGCUUUAGAUGUUCCUCACCGUUGGAAUGCAACAUAUGAUAUGUUGAGUGAAGCUCUGAAGUACAAAGCAGCUUUGAACCGAUUUGCAAUAUAGCAAUUUCACGAUUGUCCUAGUGAACUUGACUGGAAGGAUGCUGCAUCGCUUCAUGAGUUUCUGGAACAAUUCAGUGAGGCCACAAAAGCGUUUUCUGCGGAUAGGCAUCCAACAGCUUACAUGUUUCUGAAGAUGAUGAUGGCAACCCGAGAUGUAUUGCUUGAUGAUGCGUGGAAUGCCAAUGGAUUGCUCAAUGCGUUGGCCGAAGCUAUGUAUACCAAGUUUCAGAAGUAUUGGGCUGCACCUAGUAUUUUACUUCUCAUAGCUGCUAUGCUAGAUCCAUCGAUGAAAGCUGACUUUGUCAAGUUCUAUUUCAUGACUGUUGAGAGUCUAGAAGCGGAAGAGAAGAUGAGAGAGCUCAGACAAAAUUUGGAUCAGUAUUAUCUAGAGUAUGAGAGGAUUAUCAGGAACAUUGCUGCUCCUGUAUUCACUUCCCAAGAAGAGGAAGUAUUAAGUCAGGGCAAUUCGAGUUCUUCUGGACUGCGUGGCAAACGGCGUGUGGAGCUUGCAUUUGCUCAGUUUUCAUCACAAAACUCGAGGACUCGCUCACAAAGAUCGGAACUCAACAUUUAUUUGGCUGAUCCAAGAGUAGUUGUGAGAGCGGGAGAGAACUUUAAUGUUCUAGCAUGGUGGAAAAAAACUCAGAUGCCUAUCCUGUCUUGUUUCUGAUGGCUAGAGACUUCUUGGCUAUUCCUGUAAGCACAGUGUCCUCAAAGUCUGCUUUUAGUUGUGCUGGAAGGAUACUAGGCAAGAAUAGGACAUCCUUGUCUCCAAAAACUCUUAAAGCAUUGGUAUGUGCGAAAGACUGGUUGUUUGGCUUGAAUGAUGCCGAUGAAGGAGAACCAAUGACUGGACGACGUAUGUUCGAGUCAGAUGAAGAGGAAGAUGUUGAUUGACAAAACCUGCACAUCGUAUGGUUGUUUGGCACCACUUUCCUAACGCUUGCUUAAAGUGCCAUAUAUAAAGACAUGGGCUCCAUCAUAUUGUGAACUCUGAAGUGAAAAGGGUGAUUGGUUGCCCCGACCGGGCCAUUCAAAGGCCCAUCCUGCACGGUUCGGUGCAGUUGGCCCGUGUUUGGUUUCCCUGCUGGUAUCCUUUUCAUGUAUGGCUUCGUUCCUCUCGCCCCCUCCAUCCCGGCCACCUCCGUCUUCUCGAGUCGAGCUUCCCACUCCAGCCGGGAUGCUUUGGUUCUUGGCGGGAACCCUAGGCGAACUUGGCGGGAGCUGGCGCCGUCCCUGGUAUAAAAGCGCGCGCGCUGGUGCUUGUUAGGGUUACCCCCUCACUCUCGCCACUCCCGCCUCCAUUUUCAUUGGUGAGUCGUCCCCUCUCCUCCUCUCGCGCCGCCGGAUUCGCCCUUCCGACAUCCUCACCGACGGAGCCUUGAGCUCCCUUGGUGUGUGGAAUGGUAUAUCUCACCUCCUCCGUCUCAUGUUUCUUUAAUUUCCAUCUUGUGUUUGAUUGAAAUGAGCAGAUAUGUUACGGUUAUAUGUUGUACCGAGCUAGAUCUGUGCGAUUUUGAUUGAGAUCUACUUGUUGUUGAGGCAAAUCUACCUAUUGUUAUGCUUGAUGUGGUUGUAGAUUGGCAUGUUUGUUAGCUGAAGCAACUUGUUGCUGGUGAUGCAUUUUUCGAUCUGAAUACUGAGCACAGUGCCUAAGGUCGAUGAUUACACUUGUAAAGAUUGACGCUGGAGGAGCUCUAUCUGGAGUGGCAACCGCGUCUAUCGUAGUAUUGGACUGAGUUCUUGUUGUUACUAGGUAGUACGCAUCAGUACUGGUUCAUUAGGGUUCUAAUUUGGCCAUGUGUAUUCUGUUUUUUUCUAGAGAUGGAUUUUGAAGCUAGGCGCCGAGCGGCUGCUGCUAUGUUAGUAGCUGUGGCCACUUGGUUUUUCUUGUGGUUUAGGAGAAGAGCUCAGGAUCCUAGAUCUGUAACGUAUGGUCCCAUGGCAGACAGGGACCAACAAAGGAUGAAUAACCUAAACUACAUUUACAACUCAGAUGAAGUGCACUGUGUGAACCUCCUUAGGAUGAGAAAGGCACCCUUCUUCCAUCUUUGUGACCUAUUUCGUAGUAGAGACCUCUUGUCUGAUAGCAUCCAUGCUAAUGUGGAAGAGCAGGUUGCUAUGUUCUUGCAUGUUGUGGGUCACAACCAGAGAUUUAGGGUGGUAGACCUUACAUUCAGGAGGUCAGGUGAAACUAUCAGUAGGUACUUUCAGAGAGUGCUUUAUGCAGUAGGGGAGUUGAGGAGUGAAAUGAUUGUCCCUGCUUCCAACAAUGUCCAUUCAAAGAUCCUUGGUAGCAGAAGGUGGUACCCUUAUUUCAAGGUUGGUUUAUAUUAUACUCCAAUCUUGGUCAUCAGUAAAGCACUGAUUCAUUUCCUUAACCAUUUCACAAACAACUUUGUCACAUUUAUAUAGGACUGCAUAGGAGCACUUGAUGGAACUCAUGUCUUAGCUAGGGUGCCAAAAAGGAUGCAGCCUGCCUUUAGGGGGAGGAAGGGACUUACACAAAAUGUCCUAGCAGCUGUGAGCUUUGAUUUGAGGUUUACAUAUGUCCUAGCUGGGUGGGAAGGCUCUGCACAUGAUGCCCUCAUACUAGCUGAUGCUCUUGUAAGACCAGAUGGUCUUAGGGUGCCUCCAAGUAUAUUUCAAUGUAGUAGUACUCUUUAGUACCCAAUUUGGUACAAGUAGUAACUGAUCCUCAAAUAUGUGGCACAUUUUUUAGGGAAAUUCUUGCUUGUGGAUGCUGGUUAUGCAGUAAGACCUAGGUUUUUGCCCCCAUUUCGAGGUACUAGGUAUCAUCUGAGGGAAUAUGGCAACAAUAGACCCCAGAACCCAAGGGAGCUCUUUAAUCUUAGGCAUUCAUCCCUGAGAGUCACCAUUGAAAGAGCCUUUGCUGCUUUGAAGAAUAGAUUUAGAAUCUUAGACAACAAACCUUUUCACACUUACAGAACACAGGUUAAACUUAUUCUGGCAUGUUGUAUCCUUCACAAUUGGAUUCUGGGAUAUGGUGAUGAUGAGCAUGUGCCUGAUGAAGCCACCUGGAAUCCAAACCAUAGAAAUGUUGAUGCCCGGCCUGGUCUUAGAUGAGGGAAGCAUGGGCUAAUGCUAUGUGGGCUAACAGAGGUUCUUCUAGGCAGUAGACUUUUCCUUAUGAACCAGUGAGCUGUUGUGUGCUAUUUAGUAACUGUGAUGUGAACAAUUUUUUAUGAGACUUCUAGGCACUGUGCAAUGAUGUAAUAAUUGAACCAAAUUCAUAUGCUUGCUCUCUUUUAUAUAGUGUUGCAUAUUUAUAUUUUUAAUAUGGUUCAUGAUCUUGUGGUUGGGUGAAUGAAUAUGACCAGCAGGGAUGGGUGAUCACAUUAACCUCAUUGAUGAGGCUAACCUGCUUGAUGGUGGAAAUAGCCAUGUGGUAGUGCUAGAUGAUGACCAACAUGCACCUCCUGUUGGCCCUAUGCACUAGACUCCAGUUCAAUCUAGGUUCAUGCUAAGGAGGUUCCUUGAUCUGGUAGUGCAAGGAGUGAAAACUGAUAAAGGGUUCAAGGAGGUGCAUGUUAGGCAGGUUGCUACUAUACUUUCUAAGUUUGCUAGGUAGACAGUGUCCACCCAGCAAAUCUACAAUCACCUUCGAAAAUGGAGAUAGAGGUGGGUCAAAAUUGUUAGGCUUAAGGACCUAAGUGGUGCCCUUUGGGAUAGUGAUCAUAACAUGAUUGUACUUGAUGAUGAGCACCUCCUAGGACACACUAAGGUUAUAACAUGCACCUAGCAAAACUUAAAUACAUUCCACAAGUACCUGUUAGCUCUUUGUCUAAUAUCUUGCUGUCCUAUAUCACCCAGCUGAUGCUAAGUUCCUGAACACCCCUAUAGAGAACUAUGAUCAGAUGGAAGCCAUCUUUGAUGGCAGCCAGGCAACUGGAAGAUAUGCUAUGGGCUCAAAUGAACCUUUGGGUGUCCCUACUGAUAUUGGUCAGGAUUAGAGUAACCUCACUGAUGAUGUCAAGACUGAGGCGCAGUCUGGCAAGGCUAAUGAUGUGCCAGCUGAAGCCUGUAAGGGCACGGAUGAUGGCCCUGGGAAGGGAAAGAGAGGAAAAAAGGAAGGUAGGGCAAGAUGAGCUUGACAUCAUGAAUGGCAUGGUGAAGGCUGUGGAAAAUGUUGGGGCAGCUCUCAAAGCUCCACAACACAAUGAAGUACAUAAGGACCUAUAUGGUUGUGUCAUGAACUGUCCUGGUUACUCUCAGGAGGCUCUUAUGGUAGCUCUGGUUUAUCUUCUGAGGAACAAGGCUGAGGGGCUUUGCUUUGUUCAGAUGUCAGAGGCACAUAUGAUCCUUUGGCUUAGGGGCCACCUGAGCAACUCCAUGGGACCUUAGAUGACCAUCUUCUUGCCUCUCCACUUUUGCAAAUCACCAUGCUAACUGUCUAAUGCUAUAGGAUGUAUUUUGCAGUACAGCACUGCAACACUAAUGGUGCUAGGAAGGUAGACCUGCUGCUUGGAACCUUUGGUGCAGCUAUUUUUUGUAUAGCAUAGGACACAUGGUUGUUGGAUGUGAGGCUUUGUGGACAAUGCCUGGUGCAUGCACCUUAGAAGCACUUUCAAAAUGAUGUGAGGCUCUGUGGACAAUGAUUGGUGCAUUUACUUCAUAUAGUGUUCAGUGCACUACAAUUUGGGUUUAAGAGUAGCCUAUGAUGAUACUAAUAAUAGUCUGAGGUGGCUGCCUUUUUUUCUACUCACUAAAUGUUCUAUUAUUUCAUGUCACUCAUCAAAUCUGUUGGGACCAUGCACUGUGUAGCAACAUUUGGGUCAUGCUCAAGUUGAUGGCAAACAGUGCAUGUUCUUACAGAUUCCAUGGGCACCAUGUGUUUGUUCCUGAGUUUGUUGAACUUGCCUUGCUUCCUAUUUUUAUUUACUUGGCAGCUACCAAUGAUGGACUUUACAGUUAGCUGAGGCCUUGUUUUUGAAUGUUAGUUUCUUUGAAUGCCAAUGAUGAUAUCUACAUGCCAAUGAUCUGUUUUCUUUCAUGGCUGUCAUCUGACCAUGUGAGACAUCCAUGCCCAAUGCAACAUCAGGGCACUUGUGCCAAGAUGAAGACUGGGCUGGAUGGCUCACAUGCAAAGAUUUCUGAGGAUACUAUGGCUGGUAGUGGUCAAUGAUGAUUACAUAACAAAUGAGGUGGAUCCCUUCUCUAUGCUGUGAUGAUACACUGUUAUUUUCAUGUCAUUCAUCCAAUGUUCUAGCAUCAUCCACACGACUGCAACAAUUAGGUUCCCAUGCAGUUCCUAAGCUGAUGGCAUCCUGUGGAUGUGCUUGGACAUUGCAUGGGUCACUUGAGUUUGCUUAAUCUGCCUCUUUUGAAUACAUGAAGGGAUCCACCAAUGACAACUCUGUAUUAACUGAGGCCACUACCUAACCAAUUCUGAUAUUGUUUGGUGAUGGCAAAUACUUACAAAAGGUUGCACUGGUUGUUUUGAAGGGAACAAUGACGACUUGGAAUGUUGUUUACCGAGGAAAGAAGCCUAGGGUUUAUGAUUCCUGGCCUCUUUGCUGUGAUGCUGUUGCUGGGUAUAGUAACAAUUGCUACAAGGGCUUCAAUGCAAAGAAGCUGUUGCUUCAUUCCUGGAGUACACGGGGUUUGAAGAUUUCUCUAUGGAGGAAAAUGUGAUGAGCACCCCAUGCAUUACUGCUGGGGCAACCACACACACCCAAAGAACCAUCCUUUAUUUGCAAUUGCUGUGUUUGUGGCUGUUGUACUGAUUAGCCUGGAUGUUUUUCUUACCACUCGUUGCUGCAAGUGUGUCUAAUAGUUUUGUACUGCCAAUGAUGGUUGUCAAAUGACUAACGAAUUAAACUGAGGCAAGACUAUCUUUUCUGAUCUAA